AUGAUACCAGAAUCUAUUGCGGUGGAACCUACUCAUGGGUGGGGCGGAAUCAAGACAGCACAGAGCAAGAUUGGAUUCCAAUGGUUGUUUUAUCAAAAUAACAAGUUGGGUGGAAAUCGCAUUAAGCAUGCUGGUAAUUUCGGGGAGCACACAAUCAUGUUAGAAACGUAUGGAAAAGUACGUGUUGAUGGAUACGAUCCAAUCAAGAAGACAGUGAACGAGUUUCAUGGGACUGACUUUCAUGGAUGUAAGAAGUGUAAGCCAAACAGUCGACAACUUAAAGCAUGGUAUCAGCCAGAUCGCACGGUGGAUGAAAUGUAUGAACUGACAAAAAAGAAAACAGCAUUGUUACAGGCAGCAGGGUACACAGUCAUUGAAGAGGGGGAGUGCAAAUUUAAAUGCAAGUUAGCCUCGGACGCCAAUUUACAAGCCCUGGUGGAGGAUCUGACGUGGGUGGUACCUUUAAAUACAAAAGAUGCUCUGUUUGGAGUACGUACCGGCUUAAGUUGUUCUUAUUACAAAGCAAAAAAGAAUGAAUGGGUUGACUACAUUGAUUUCACUUCUUUGUACCCCUCAAUCAACAAGUAUGGUACGUAUCUAGUGGGUCAUCAAACCAUCAUGAAAAAUCCAGUGGAUCAAGACAUUCACAGUUACUUUGGUGCAGCAAAAGUGGACAUAUUGGCUCCUGAGAAGUUAUUUCCUCCAGUAUUACCAAUGAAAAUUGGUGACAAAUUCAUGUUUACAUUGUGUGCCACAUGUGCCAAAGAACAGUUGGACCACCCAUGGUAUCAACGUACCAAUAUGUGCUCACACAGUGAUGAGGAACGGACGAUGACUGGGACCUGGUGUCCAGAAGAACUCAAAAUGGCUGUACGUAAAGGCUACACAAUUUUUCACAUCCAUGAGGUAUGGCAUGGGCCUGAGAGUCAAACAAAAACAGGAUUAUUUGCACCAUACGUCAAAAAGUUUUUAAAAGCCAAGCAGGAAAGCAGUGGUUGGCCAAGCGAUUGUGUGACCGACGAACAAAAGGAGGCUUACAUAGCAGAGUAUGAAGCACAUGAGGAUGUUUUACUAGACAAAGACAAGAUUAUGGUCAAUCCUGGACGUAAAGCAGUGGCCAAGGUUAUGCUCAACUCUUUUUGGGGGAAAUUUGGCGAAGCAGACAAUAAACCACAAACAAGAACACUACAAAAUGCAUCAGAUUGGGACAAGCUGAUGGCGGAUGAUUCAGUGAUUGUGAAAAGUAUAAAUGUUUACAACGAGGAUGUGCUGGAAGUCGUGACGGUGAAAAAAGACCGAGCUUGUGCGCCCAAUCUGAAAGGCAAUAUUUUUGUCGUUUUAUUCAUAAUAGCCUUGGCUAGGCUGAGGUUGUAUGAAGAAUUACAAAAGUUGGAGGAGCGGGUGUUGUACUACGACACCGAUUCGGUCAUUUACCGCUGGAAGCCAGACCAAGUGAAAUUACCUCUGGGCAAGUUUUUAGGACAAUUUACAGACGAACUUGAAGGAGGACACAUAGACGAAUUUUGUGCACCAGGUCCAAGACUUUGGAAGGUAAGACAGAGUGCAAAAGCAACGGCAUCAAAAGCAAUCACGCUGUCAAACAAGUGUUGA